UCAUGACACGGAAUGUUUUAAAAGCUUAUACUACUAAGAGGCUUUAUUAAAUAAACUGUGUUGGAGUGUAAAUUAUUUUAGUAUUUAACAUUUUAAAUUAUAGUUUACAUAGCGUAGUGUUCUCAGUAAUUAGCUAGUGUUAGUUAGCUAGCUCAGCCUUGAUGAGGCAUUUAAAUACAUCAGUCCAUUUAUUUUACUAAUGCUAGAUUGUCUAUUAGUAUUUAAUGCACCUUCCAUAUAGAUGCCUUCAGAAUUUGUGAAGUGAAACUUUUAAUAAGGGUGAAAACGAGGUUUUGAAAAUGAGUCAGAGGAAGAGUCCAAUAAAUAAUGCUAUUUUUCACAUUACCACCAGUCGUGAUAAAGCAGGGCUUGAUGUCAAAUACAUUGAUGCAUUUAAAGGCACGGGAGUGUUUACCAUGACGCACUUCACUAAAGGAGAGUUCAUCAACUCUCUGGAAAGUAACAGAAGACACCGAAUUUACCACAACAACUUGAAAGGAUUUAUGUUCGACUUCAUCAAAUUCUGGACUAUUGAUGCUGCAAGGGAUGAUGGCACUCUUGGAAGACUGGUUAAUGAUGAUCACAUUAACCCCAACUGUAAAAUGAAGAGAAUCAUUGUGAAAGGAAAGCCCCAUUUGUGCCUUUUUGCUUUAAGAGACAUAACACCUGGAGAGGAGGUCACAUAUAAUUAUGGAGAUGCUGAUUGUCCCUGGAGGAGUAAAUGUACAAAGUGUGGAAUGGAUGCAAACACUAAUCGUCUGGAGUCAGGUGCUACCUCUGGAGAUGUUACCCAGUGCACCCAACAUUCACAACACAAAUCUGCUUCCCACAUCGAGGUGACAGAAAGUGUAAUAGAGGUGGACAGUAAUCGUUUGGAGUCAGAUGGUGCCUCUGGAGAUGAUCAUCAUUGCACUCAACAUUCACAGGAUGAGUCUACAUUCUGCAAUCUGGUGACAGAAAGUGGAAUAGAGGUGGACAGUAAUCGUUUGGAGUCAGAUGGUGCCUCUAGAGAUGAUCAUCAUUGCACCCAACAUUCACAGCAUGAGUCUUCAUUCUGUAAUCUGCAAGUGCCAGAUGAAACAUUUUCUGAUGACCAGUAUUGUAUACCGCACUCACAAGUGGAAACAAGCACUCCUCAGAUAUUGAGCCAGAACUGAAACCAUCUACAGAGCAAGCCCAGAAAACCUCAUCUGAGCAAGCAACAGAACCAACCAGUACCACAUCUGUUCCCAAAGGUGGUAAAGAAAAAGAAAUGGGAGACCAGUGAAGUGAAAGCAGUUGAAAAACAUCUGUACAGGUUCAUAAAAACUUGCACAGUGCCAGGAAAAUGACAUUGUGAGGCCUGUAUUAAAGCUGAGCCUGUUGCAUUGAAAGGCAGGGAUUGGUUGUCCGUUAAGUUCUUUGUAAAAAAUAAUCACUGCUCUUAAAAGGAAAAUGUAACCCAGAAAAGUCUCCAUGGUUUCAUUUGGUUUUAUUUGCACAGAUCAUUGGUUUUACUUAGUUUAUUAUUAUUAUUAUUAUUAUUAUUAUUAUUAUUAUUAAGUUUAUGGCUGGAAUUUUGUAUUGUACAAUUUUAUUUUUUCUACUUUUUUACAUUUCAUUUGUGAGAAACAUUUGAGUGUUAAUUAGUAACUGCCUGAAAAUACUAUCUGUGUGAAAAUACUAUCUGUUCAAAAAUACUGCAUUGCAAAUGGCAAAAUGUUUCAGAUUAAAAUAAUAGGCAUGUUAUUCAUGUGAUUUAAUCAAUUAUCUUGGAAAUAUGCAUUAUAGCACCUUCCCAAUUGUUUGUAAAUUGCGUCCCCAGAUUGUUCACAAGUACCUACAAUUUAGAAAUACCAGAAUAAUAGUGUGUGUGUGUCUGCUCGUCCUCAAAAGUUUGGUCUACCAGAAAUUGUCCCCAGAAUGUGGAAAAAUGUCACAUUGCUUUAUUGACGUUUUUUCUUUAAUUUGAAGUGACACACAUUUUUACAGCUUCAACAGAAACACGAAUCUGUCUUUGGUUUGCUCCUAUACCUUUUAGAAAUAUGGGUCCCCGCAUUGGAGGAUCCAGCAUGUAGUCCCCAAUAUAGACUUGCACAAGUAUGUGUGCGCUUCCCUUUUCUGUCAAGGCAAUGACUCAGGGAGGCCUUCUUUUUAUGAGGAAAACAGUAUAGUAUAACGUUGUUCUUUUUUCCCUUAAAGCUGCAUGACUUAUGCCUAGACCUGAACACUCGCUAUCAACUAGCACCUCUUAUUGCUGAUCUGUCACUUCUGGUUGAUGUUCUUAGACUGAGUUUGUUGUUUCUGGUUUACCUCAUUCCCAAU